CAUUUUUGAGGAAAUCGAAUCUAGAACUGUCUUAAACAUUUAAACAGCAACGCAACCCACGACCUCACCUCUCCUCACCUCACUUCACUUCACUUCACUUCACUUCACUCCACUUCACUUGUCAUCAUCAUCAUCACACUCUCUCUCACUACUUGAUCGCGUAUUUCAAUUUCAAACCCUAAAACACAUUUCACAUCUAACACAAAUGUAUUCCUGUAUUCCUCAACACAUUUCACUCCAUUUCCACUUCUCAACAACUUCCCCAAAUUCCAAGAUAUUUACUUCACGCAAUUUCAAAAUUCGCGCUGUAUCAUCAACAGAGAAUCAGGCCUCUCGAUACAUUCCCGCUGCUCCGAUUUUCCUUCCAGAAGGCCCUUGGAAGCAGAUUCCGGGCGGAGUUACUGCUGCGGAGGGGUUCAAAGCUGCGGGAAUAUAUGGCGGAUUGCGUGCUGCAGGAGAAAAGCCUGAUCUCGCACUUGUCACAUGUGAUGUUGACGCCAUAUCUGCAGGGUCAUUCACAACUAAUGUGGUUGCUGCUGCUCCGGUUUUAUACUGCAAAAGGACACUAGACAUUUCAAAUACUGCACGUGCUGUGUUAACUAAUGCAGGUCAAGCAAAUGCCGCUACGGGAGAAGCAGGUUACCAUGAUACGUUAGAAUGCGUUGAAAGCCUUGCAAAGCUACUGGGAGUGAAGCCCGAAGAAAUAUUAGUUGAAUCCACUGGUGUAAUUGGUGAAAGGAUAAAGAAGGGGGCACUUUUAAAUUCACUUCCCUUACUAGUGAAUUCACUAUCUUCUUCAGAUGAGGGGGCAGGUUCUGCAGCAGUGGCAAUCACCACAACAGAUCUUGUUAGCAAGAGUGUGGCAAUCGAGUCUUUGGUUGGAAGAACUAAGGUCAGAGUUGGGGGAAUGGCAAAAGGUUCUGGAAUGAUCCAUCCAAAUAUGGCUACCAUGCUUGGGGUAGUAACAACUGAUGCCGAGGUAACUAGUGAUGUUUGGAGGAAGAUGGUCCAGGUUGCUGUUAAUCGAAGCUUCAAUCAGAUAACUGUAGAUGGAGAUACAAGUACUAAUGAUACUGUUAUUGCUUUGGCUAGUGGGUUGUCUGGGCUAAGCCGCAUUUCUUCUCUAGACAGUGAUGAGGCAAUUCAACUUCAGGCAUGCCUAGAUGCGGUAAUGCAAGGUCUUGCCAAAUCUAUAGCUUGGGAUGGAGAGGGAGCAACAUGCCUCAUUGAGGUCAUUGUGACUGGUGCAAAUAGUGAGGCUGAAGCUGCAAAAGUUGCUCGUUCAGUUGCAUCAUCUUCACUUGUAAAGGCUGCAAUAUAUGGUAGAGACCCCAAUUGGGGACGUAUUGCCGCAGCAGCUGGCUACUCGGGGGUUUCUUUCAACCAAAACGUACUUAGGGUGAAACUGGGGGAUAUUUUACUAAUGGAUGGUGGGGAGCCACAAUCAUUUGACCGGGGAGCAGCUAGUAGUUAUAUGAGAAAGGCUGGGGAGACUCACGGUACAGUUAGAAUUCAGAUAUCUGUUGGCAAUGGACCAGGACAUGGACAAGCAUGGGGCUGUGAUUUAAGCUACGAUUAUGUCAAAAUAAAUGCAGAGUACACAUCAUAGCCAAAUGAUUGGCUCGUUCUGGCAUAAUAAUUGAUUGUGCACUAUUUUAUUUUUCCGUUAAUUAAGAAAACCAUAAUUAUGUAAGUUGUACUGAAAUCAGUUCAUAAAGAGAUUAGCUGGAAUUAAUAAAAAGUUCGCGACUGCAUUGUUUUCUACUGAA